UCUAUUUUAAGAACUGAACGCCUGAGCGGCCAUUGUUUCUUAUAAUCUAGGCCUAGUGCUCAUAUCAUGGAUCACGGUGAUACAAGAGACUGAAGGAUGGCGGACGCUGAAGGCGACGCGAGUGCGGUGACGGAGGAGUGCGCAAUAUGUAUGAACGUAUACAGAAGGCCAAAACUGCUAUCGUGCAGGCACACGUUCUGUAGUAUAUGUAUUAAAAAAAUCCAUUCGUCGUCAAAAAACCCACGCAAAAUCCCUUGUCCAGUAUGUCGUCAGGUGACAGAAUUGCCAGUGGAAAGCGAUGUGGAUUCAUUACUGUCAAACUUCUUUGUGCAAGCUUGUGAUAUGUAUGUUUGCGACUCAUGUGAUGCAAUGAGCAAAGUAGGUCUGAUGGAGUGUUCAUCUUGUUCCUUUUCUUUGUGUAAGCCAUGUUUUGAAAAUCAUGAAAUGGGUGACGAUGGCUGCAACAACAAGCGUCGUGAUUCUGAUGAUAUGGCCGAGCCUACUCUAUAUCCGGAUGACCCUUCCAUGAGAUUCACUAUACGCCACCUGUUAAAUGGCAUCAUUCGCUCUUGUUAUUGCGGCAAUUUGUAUGGUGACUUCAGUGUUCCAGGAGCUGGGCGUGUUACUAAAGUUGUACCCAUUUCUGCAUAUAGUGCCUGGGUAUUGUUGGACAAUGGACCUGUUGUGUUUAGAUUUAACUUAUCUGGACAAUUAGAGGACAGGCGUACUGUCGAUUUUGGUGAAACACUAGAUAUAUGUUGGAACGAGAAAACUGACUUGCUUGCUGUUUGCAAAGGAGUCGCCUCCGUAUUAAAGGUUAGUUCAUCCGGAUCAGAUGUGUUUAUUGAUACAGGAACUUACCAGCCAACCUCACUAUGCAACUAUAGAAAUGAUGGCUUUGUUAUUGGCGCUUUAGAUGUGGAUUCAGAGGUCACUGCAAGCUACAUUAUGGUAUAUGACUCGGACAAGAAUCUUGUCUAUAUCCGGGGGAUUAAUGAGCGCCUGACGUUUAAACGAAUUAACUCCGUUUCAUACAAUGAUUUUACCCGACAGGUGUGUGUUGCUGAUGAGGAGCGGAGCAUGGUGUACUUGUUAGGAAACGGAAUGGCGUGCGAAACCUACAAAAAAAAAUUGGCUUUUCCGACGCGAAGCCGACCUAUGGAGAUAGAGAGACCUGACCGAUUCACUCCAACGUCCAUUUGCUGUGACCAGGAUGGAACAAUAUUCGUUUACGACUAUUCCACAUCGUCUAUUCACGUGCUCAAUGCAAAUGGCAAACUGUUGGGUAUGCUGCUUGGCAGUGAUGAGGAUCACACGGGUGAUCCGGCAUGCAUCACUUUCGGCCCUGAUGGGAAAUUAUGGAUCGGUGAUAUGUUUUCGGGACAAAUAAGAAUAUACACUGUUGAUCAAGUAUUCAACGGUCUCAGACAGCGAUCAGUACGUAUGCAGAGACACAGAACUCUGGAAAGUGGUGAAGGGCUGCAUGGGGUACUUGGAAGGGUGCUAGGCAACGCAGCACUUUGCGGAUCCGAGGAACUCUCUCUGGAUGAUUUAAACCAGAUGUUUUCGGACCAUGAACAGGGUGGUGACAUAUUAGAUUUGCUUUCUGAAUACCGUUUAAAUGGCAUGCCUUCAGUCUCUGUGGUACACGGGAGAAAUGGCAUAGAAAUAAAUUCUACGCAGAAUCCUAAUGAUCCCAUGGCGAAUCGGCAGGCGCGGAGGGCGUUUGCAUUUCAAGUUCUAAACGACCCUCAGACACAAUCCCGUUUUGAAGCAGAUGGGAUUAGUGUAGAGGAAGUACUUCGCGCCUGUACAGAAGCCGAUGAUUUGUAAACAGCAUUAUUUUAAACGAUAUAGAUUAGUUAUAAGAUAUUUCUAGCAUGUAAAAUUUCUGCACUUUGUUUAUAUGAUUACCUUUAAAACUUUAUUUGAUAUCACGUUUAUUUUGUAUUUUGGCUCGAUUUCUCCGUAUGUUCGAGCUACGGAAUAUAUCUUGUAAAUUUAUAAAAAUGUAUAUUUGUUUUGUGCCUUGUACUGAACGUCUGUUUGCCAAAGUGAAUUCUCUUUGCCAAGAUGCAUUCUGUUUGCCAAAGUGAAUUAUCUUUGCCAAGAUGUGUUCUGUAUUCCAAAGUGAAUUCUCUUUGUCAAGAUGUGUUCUGUUUGCCAAAAUAUGUUCUGUUUGCCAAAGUGAAUUCUCUUUGCCAAGAUGUGUUCUGUUUGCCAAAGUGAAAUCUCUUUGCCAAAAUGCAUUCUGUUUGCCAAAGUGAAUUCUCUUUGCCAAGAUGCAUUCUGUUUGCCAAAGUGAAUUCUCUUUGUCAAGAUGUGUUCUGUUUGCCAAAGUGAAUUCUCUUUGCCAAAAUGCAUUCUGUUUGCCAAAGUGAAUUAUCUUUGCCAAAUUGCAUUCUGUUUGCCAAAGUGAAUUCUCUUUGCCAAGAUGCAUUCUGUUUGCCAAAGUGAAUUCUCUUUGUCAAGAUGUGUUCUGUUUACCAAAGUGAAUUCUCUUUGCCAAGAUGUGUUCUGUUUAAAACACAAACCAAUGUGAAUUCUCUUUGCCAAGAUGCAUUCUGUUUGCCAAAGUGAAUUCUCUUUGUCAAGAUGUGUUCUGUUUACCAAAGUGAAUUCUCUUUGCCAAGAUGUGUUCUGUUUAAAACACAAACCAAAGUGAAUUCUCUUUGUCAA